AUGGUCGACAAAGAAAUGGCGAAAAGAGCAGAGACAAAACGAAAGUAUGAGGCGAGAAUCAGUCAACUGCUAGAAACCAUUGAAGCUGAGAAAGAAAAUUUCUCGGGAAAGCAAGCUGAAUUCUCAAACUAUCAAAGAAAAUUGAGAGAGCAAAGUCUUGAACUGGAGAAAACAAACAACGACAAGAAUCAGCUCAACAGGCAGAUUUCCCAGCUUCAAGAUGAAAUCGAUCAGCACGAGCAAGACUUGCGCGAUUUCCAAACGCUUCAGAAAGACUACAAAUCGCUAGAAAAUAGAAACAUCCGUCUGCAGUCAAAGCUCGACGAGAUCAACGCCAUAAAACGCGAAAGAGAUGAACUCUCCCAAAAUCUGCUCGUCUCCGAAGCCGAAGCCCGUUCAAAACGCGAACAACUCGAAAAGUUGCGCAACGAACUUGACGUAGCCAAAGCAAAGUGUGUGAAAAUCAAGUCAGAAUACGAUUCCGUCAUCAAAAAAGAACGCGCCAACGUCGAGAACAGAAAUGAAGCGAUCAUCCGAGAAUUCGAGCAGCAAAUCAACGAGUUGGAAAAUACAAUCGACGAGCAAAAUCGCGAUCUGAAGCAGCUCCAAGCUCAAGUGCGGCAAAUAUCGCAAGAGUCCGACGAAUAUCAAUCUCAACUGGCGAUGGCGAACGAGAAGAUUCAAUCGCUCGAGUGGGAUUAUAAACAAUCAAAAAAGGAGCUAGAAUCGAUGAAGCGCAAGGAGUCGAGCCAGGCGCAGAAUUUGGAGCACAAAAUCAGCGAAAUUGAAGACGAGCGAGAUGUUCUCAUGGCGAAUCUGAACGCGAAAAACAGCGAAAUGGCGCAACUCAAGACCAUCUUGACGAACACCGAGGAUGACCGAAACGAUCUGGUUCGCCAGUUGAGCGCGGCGAGGGAAGAACACGCGCAGCUGAGAAGAGAGCACGACUCAAGACAAAAGAAAGAUGUCGAAUCUGAAGCUAGCCAGAAACUACGCUUGGACGAGCUUAAAAUUGAGAAUCAGAGACUGAACAGGGAUAUCGAGUCCUUGUCCCAGCAACUUGACGACAAAGAACACGAUGUCGCGGACUUGAGAAUCAGCUGCGAGGAAAAACAAUCCCAAGUUGAAGACCUUCAAGAUCGCCUGCGAAACGCAGAAGAUAACCAGCGUCAACGAGCUCUAGAAGUGUCAAGAAUCGAACAAAACCGAGAAGCAGAUCGGCUCCAGAGCCAGCUUGAUCUAAAAAACGCCGAUUUACGCCGGGCAAUCGAGCAAGAGUCUCGUCUGCAAACUAAAUUAGACACUCUUCAAUCUGAUUACGAGUUGCUUCUCAGCCAAGUCGAAGACAGGGACACAGAACUGGAAAAUAUAAGAUCACAGAUGGUCUCGUUAGAAGCUGAGCGAGACGAUCUUCUUCUAACCGUCUCCCAGCAAGAUGCGUCGAAAAAGAGUGACGAUGCAGAAACUAAGAAAGAGGCUAGAAGAGAGCUAGAAAGCGCCAGACGAGAAUUCAAAAAUGAAAAGGACUUGCUGCGAAGAGAAAUCGUCCAGCUAGAUCGACAAGUUGUUACGCUCAAAGAAAACUACAGAAAACUAGAGACAGAGCAUGCGGAAGAAAGAGAUGAGUCCCAACGACUUCGACAAGAACUACUUCGCGCAAAUGACAACUCAGGCGAUGUGCAAGCCAAAGCCGAUCAGAUCAGCGCGUUGAAGAUAAAAAUGCGCGUUCUUGAGCAAGAAAAGGCGACUCUGAUGGAAGCUGUAGAUGGAAUGGAAGAUGAGGUUAAUGGAAAAGAGUCUGAGAUUCAAAAACUUCAGCACGAGAUUCGUCUUGGCGAGAAAGAACGAAAGAACUUCGAAAAAAUCGUGAUUGAAGAAAGGGCAAGAGCAGAGGCGGUCGAAGCUGAAUUCAAUGUGCGAAAUCGUCGAACAAACGAUGAUGACCUAAAGAUAGAAACGCUUGAGGAAGAAAUCGAACAGCUAGAAAGACGAUUCGGCCGUGAACGCGAAAAACUCACUCAAGAAAACGAACUCCUUUCAGCGCAGAACAGGGAUUUGCAGAAAAAACUUCAGCGAAAAGACCGCGAAAUAAUUGAAGCAGAGGAUGAGAGACUCGGUCAGAUUGAGGAGUCAGAUCAACAAGUGGUUGAACUCAUGAAAAAGUUAAAAAGCGAGCGUGCAAAGCGAGAUCUGAUGGAGCAGGAGUUUCAAAAGUACGAGCGUGAUCAUCUUGAAUCCGUGCGAGCUAUGAAACUUGAUCAAGCAACUGCGAUGGAGCAUUUUAAAGAAACCAAAAAGCUUCAGAAAGAGAUCGAUCAGCUAACCGGACAAGUUCUCGCUGAGCGCGAGAAAAACAACCAAUUCAAGCACGAGAACAGCGACUUGAAGAUAGACCAAGAGCGCAACCGACAGAUCAAUCAUCAGCAAGCGAAGCUUAUUGAAAUGCUCCAAAGGCAGAAUGAAGAACUCACCCCGAAGAAGCUAAAAAAGAAGAAUAAAGGAAUGACUCCUAAUUAUGCCCCGCCUCCACUCUACAAAGACCUCGAGAAGCAAAUUGAUCAAUUGCGAGUUGAGAAUUCCAAGCUCAAAUCUAAGCUCUAUGGUUCCAAUACAGAUCUUGACAAGAUUCCUACAAAAGCGAAGCUUUCAAGUAAAUCACGAGAAGCAUCUCCAAGAAAGAAGGACCGGAACUUCAAUGGAAACCUCCUUUACCUGUACAGGGGCGAAUGGGCUAGAGUCACUGGUCGAGUAGAAGGCACCUCGCUUGUUCUCGCAGGUGACUCGUUUGAAGAAGCAAUUGAUCUAAAAUCCAACAUUGCUCUUCACGGCGCAGUCUGCUUCGAUCACGUGAAAUUCAUGGCAGAAGUUGAUCACGAAUUCUGCUUCGGAAUCGAGCACAUUCCAGCUUCGUUCGGUUCCAAGUACCGCCCUGAAAUGGAGUACUUCUGCGCUCUGAACCUUUCCGAUAAACAGAACUGGUUCGAGACAUUGAAAGAUAUCGUCAAUUCUCCGCCGAGUUUACCUGCAAACGAUCAUAACAAGUUCGACGUUCAAAAAGUUCAUUCGUUCCAAGAUAAAAUUCCUGAUAUUUGUUGCAGUACUCAGAUCGAUGGAUAUACCCUCAUUGGCUCAACAGACAACCUUCUGGCGACAGACGGCAAAACCAUUGUCGUCGCAUCCAAAGCGCCGAUAGUUGAGUUGGAGUCCUUCGAAGAUCUCGUAUUUGGAAUAGGUUACAGAGAGCGAUAUCCAGUCUUUUUCUACGCCGACGGAGUCCGAAGUCUUAUUCGAAGCAAAGUUCAAAUCACAUUCAACAGAAUAACAAAAGAAAGAGUUCACGUUAUCAAGGCAGGACGAUAUCAAGGAAAAUAUGCUCUUGCUGCCGCAUUCAACACGACAAUCAAGCUCUUCCAGUUCUCUAAACAGCACGCGCUUGAUAAAGAGUACGAAGUCCUCGAAGUUCUCCGCGUCAAACUUGACAGUGCUCCAUCAUCACUUGCCUUUUCCUCAAGCUCAUUGAUCUGCGGAACCGACAGAAUCAUCGAAGUCGACUUCCAUAAACAAACAGCUGAACCGUAUCUUGCCGAGUCCGAGCUUCGCAAAACCCACCAAGAGAAGCCUAUUGAUAUGUUUGCGCUUUAUGAUGGAGGAAAGGAGCGGCAUCUAAUCUGUGGGCAACAUGGAGGAUACUUAGUAGACAACUGCGGCCGAAUCGUCCAGCGAAUCAACUGGUCAUCCCUUCCACUCGACUUCAAGUACUCCGAACCCUACCUCUUCGUAUCCCACAUGUUCGGCAUCGAACUCGUGAAGAUCGGCAUUGCACAAGUUUCCCAGCCGAUCAUUCUAUCUUCCUUCCGGCCGAGACUUUUGGGCGUGGCAGGCGAAGGACAGCUCAUAUUGCUCUCGCGUCCGUAUGGAGAGAAGCGGUCCGCCUCGGCGACGGUGAAAAUUUUAUCCGGCACUGAAGAGAUCGAAUAUGACGAAGCCAUCAGUGGCCCAAGUUCGCUAAACUCCCACAUCGGCCUAGCUUACAGACCAUCUAGAGCAUACCGACAAACCGCUCCAAGGAUCGAGCCUCGGUUCGAGCUCCAAAAUGAAACCACUUCCUCGGGCAUGAUGGAAUACUCUGUCUACCGAUAA